AUGGUUGAUGAUACCUAUUACAUCACACCGCAUGAGGCGGCGCUAGCGCUCGUCGCUACUGCGAUGAAGAAAGCCCGUAUUACAUUCGAUGCGCUGGUGUUGAACAGUAUUCUUGGGGGUGUAGUAUUCUGUUCGGGCUCGCUGUUAUAUCUAGCCAUACAUUGUGAAAGUCCCGAGUUGUGGGACAAGAACCCCGGUGUGGUGAAUUUCCUGGGUGGGAUCGUGAUCAGUAUCGGUUUAUUCUACGUGGUUAUUCUGGGUGCUGACCUUUACAACUCUAAUAUACUGUACUUUUCGGUAGCAUUCCUGCGACGUGCCGUGUCAAUUUGGGACGUUUUGAUAUCAUGGAGCGUUAGCUGGCUAGGUAAUUUAGCAGGAAACUUGUUUGUUUCCUAUGUUAUUAUAUACUUGUCUGGUAUUGGUCACUCUGAGGAAUGGAAGGCAGGCACAAUAAAGAUAGCGGAACAAAAAGCAUCAUUUAGCUUCAUACAAACUUUUCUUAAAGCAAUCGGUGGUAACUUUUAUGUCGCAUUGGCAAUAUAUCUACAAUUAUUAGCCAAGCCUUUACACGUCAAAUUCCUGGCGAUAUUGAUACCAAUCUUCACGUUGGUGUGUAUUGGAUUAACGCACGUCGUGGCUGAUGAAGCAAUGUUGUUUCUUGGAAUGUAUAACGGUGCCAAUGUUAGUGUCGGUAAGUAUAUUUGGAAGCUGCUGAUACCAGCCACGAUAGGUAACUUUAUAGGUGGGUUUGUUUUUGCAGCCUACAUUCCAUUUUAUCUACAUCUUGUCGUGGUAGAGAGAGAUAAGGAAAAACUAUCACUUCCAGAAUACGAUGAAAGAGAUGAGCAACCAGAACUUAACGUCGACUCAAGAGUGGUUAGAGUGCCUAGAAAAGAAGCAGAGAGUGAAAAGAUUGAUGAUGAUACAGAGGAUGAAGACGAUAGUACAGACAAAGACAACAAUGAGUACUUGUCAGAGAAAGGCCCACUUAAUGAUAACAGCAGCACAGCGACGGAUAAUGAAGUACAGCCUUAUUUAGAACAGAUAGGACCAACGAUGUCUAGACCAGCAUCCGAUAUUAGCAUAAAUUCCAGUGAAAGCAGUGUGCAACGCAGAUAUGACUAUGAAGGAUAUAGGACAAGGUCUCACCCUAAUGUACCAGUAACUGGAGGAUAUACCACUUCGCGGUCCUUAAGAGAGGUCAAAACAACACCAAAUCUAAAGAGGAGGAGAACAUUAAGGUCACCUCCGGGUGUCUUUCCUGUUAGAGGCAUGGGUGAACCACUACUACGUGAAAAAACUAUCGAAAAUCCAUACUAUACCAAAAAACAUAAAGGAAAAAUUCUUAGAGAGACAGCAAAACACAUUAAAGAUGCGCAUGACAUUGGUGAUACUCAUGAAGACAAUCCACAUACGGUAAGUAACGAAAAUUAUCUGAAGCUGGUGAAGACCAUCGAAACUGAAGAAGAGAAAGAUUAUCGAUCUUCUAGUGGUUAUAAUGUGUUAAAUAAUAAGCCUGGUGCACAUUUGGAAAGAUUCAUGACGGGAAUGAUAAAAAAAACGACAUCUCGGAGUCGCGGUGAGGAAUCUAACGAUAUUGAUAGCAGAAUGGAUUUAUCGGAAGCCACCACUCAGGCCGUCUUCCCUCACAACAAUAUAUCAGCUGCCGAUUCUUAUAGUUCAGUAGGAGAAGCCAGAAAGACAGCUUCUGAAAAUUUAGGAAGUUUAUUCAAAGCUGUAUCUAGGCCUUUCGAAAACCCUCAUAAAAGGCCAAAAAAUAUAAAUGACAUAGAGCAGCAAUUGGAAGAAGCAGGUAUAUCUAAGAGAGCUGCAGAUGCUGCCAACACUGUCGGUGGGAUGGAGAAUUACAGUGAUAUUGACUAA